AUGAGCGCGGGUGGUCCUGAGGAGAAAGGUGCCGAGCCGAAAUACAAGGAGAGACCAGAAGGCAGUGAGGGAACGGACCUGCACCCGCCGGACUUUGUCCCACAUCUUACUUUUUCGGCCAGGCUGGGACAAUUUGCAAAAAGGAAGAAGACUUCGCUUUGGUUCACAGUCUCUCUGCUGGUAGUGUCUGUUUUCAUACUGACCAUAGGUCUGGCAGCUACCACAAGAACAGAAAAUGUUACCGUGGGAGGCUACUACCCAGGCAUCGUUCUUGGCUUUGGAUCUUUCCUAGGGAUUGUUGGCAUCCACCUGGUAGAGAACAGAAGACAAAUGUUAGUAGCCUCCAUUGUGUUUAUCAGCUUUGGCGUGGUAGCAGCGUUCUGUUGUGCAAUAGUUGAUGGAGUGUUUGCAGCACGACACAUAGAACCCAGACCUUUGUAUAACAAAAGGUGCCAGUUUUAUUCAAGUGGAAUAGGAUUCCUAUACGAUGCCUACCAGACAGAGGUGACAUGCUAUACCUUAAACAGCAAGUGCCAGCUGAAAGUAAAAAGCAACACGUGCUAUUGCUGUGACCUGUACAACUGUGAGAAUUCAGAGCAGUCUGCCAGCUACUAUGAAUUUCUCGGCGUGAGCGGCUGUCAGGACGUGGUUCACCUCUAUAGGCUGCUGUGGUCCUCCACAGUCCUCAACAUCAUCGGGUUGUUUCUGGGGAUUAUUACGGCAGCCAUUCUUGGGGCAUUUAAAGAUAUGGUACCUCUGUCCCAAAUUGCUUUCAGUGCUGCACCUCCUCCUCAGAUCCUGUACAAUCCUGCCCAGCAGAUCCUGACAUAUGCUAGCUUCUGUCCUUCUGCAGCAACUAUUUCUACGUAUCCAUCCUACCCGUUGCCUCUUCAGCCUGCCAGCAAUUUUCCAGGAACAUCAUCUACUGACAUUUCUUUAUCAGAAGAAACUCAGCCUCCAUCUCAGUCCAGCUCCAGCUAUGGUCUUCCCCCCAAUGCUCCAGCCGUCUAUACACCGACUUACUUCUUGCCUGGAGAAAAGCCUCCACCAUAUGCACCAUAGAAGAAAGAAUUGAUUUUAGGGAGCUGGUAGGCUUUUAUUUUGUUUUUUAAGAAACCUCUGGAAACUGUGCUGUGCAGGCACUAGACUUCCCAAAGAACCCACCGCAGGGUGCGUUACGGCCACUCUGCUUUUACUCGCAUCUCACUGUGAGCAGAGCAGAACCCUGGAAAUGGAAGGGCAGGCACGUCACUGGGGGGUGACCAGUCACCACCCAGUUUGCCUGCAGUCAAAUGCAGUGUUGCUUUCUGGCUACCAUAAGCAUGAGAUGUUUCCUUCUCAGUACACUGCAGAAUGAAUUUUCUUCAAGAGGAGAAAUGAAGAAAACACUCCGGAUACGUGUUCUGCUUUCAUAAAUCAGUGUAGAGGGGUUCUAGUCUGUGUUGUCU